AUGGAACGAAUGGCCAAUCCAAACCCACCCGAAAACACUAUCGUUGUAGAGAAGGAAAACAACAUCACACUGAUCGGUAUCAAUCGUCCAAAGGUACGGAAUGCAAUCGAUUCGCUGACUGGCCGAAAGCUGUCGGCUGCAAUCGCUGACUUCGAAACCGAUCCAAAGGCGGAUGUAGGCGUGCUGCAUGGUAUCGGUGGAAGUUUCUGUUCCGGGUACGAUCUUGGCGAACUUGCUGGCGAACAGGACCCCCAGCAGGUACAAUCCAUCGUCCACAAUCCGGAAGGUGUGAUGGGUCCCACGAGACGAAUGAUACGCAAACCGCUCGUUUGUGCCAUCUCCGGGUACUGUGUGGCCGGUGGGCUAGAACUUGCGCUGAUGUGCGAUUUGCGCGUAAUGGAAGAAAAUGCCGUGCUUGGGUUCUUUAAUCGACGUUUCGGAGUACCGCUGAUUGACGGUGGUACGGUCCGGCUGCCAGCAUUGAUUGGGCUUUCGCGAGCACUAGAUUUGAUCCUAACCGGUAGGACGGUUUCUGCCAAGGAAGCACUUGAAAUCGGACUCGUCAAUCGUGUAGUAGCCGUUGGGGCAGGACUCGGACAGGCUUACAAUCUAGCGAUGAGCAUCGCCAAAUACCCGCAGCUGUGCAUCCGUCACGAUCGGGACGCAGCUUACUAUGGUGCCUUUUCGGCGGAAUCAUUCGAGCAAGCGCUGGAACGUGAGGCAACGGACGUUUCCGUUGAGCUGCUGCAAGAAGCGAAGGCCGGGGCGGACAAAUUUCGGCAGGGGAUCGGACGUGGUGGAAGCUUCAGUGGGAUUAAGGAGCGUAAGCUGGCCGACUGGGAACGAGCAGAGAUGAAGCAUGAAUCAAAGCUUUAA